AUGUCUCGAAAGCGCCACUCCCCCGAGCCCGGUCCCACCGCUGAAGGCCCUCAAGUGAAGCGUCAUCUGAAUUCCGCUCUCGCCGCCGAACUGCAAUCGCUCCGCAUUGGCGGAAGGACGGAGCCCCAGCAUCCCCCGCAGCAUUUCUUCGGCGCUUCUGUGGUCUCCUCGCCUUUUCUUUAUGCUUCUCCGCGAACGCGGGUUGCGCAUGACUCACAACUUGCUUCGCCAAACGUAUAUCAACACGAUAAUGGAGUCACUUUUAGCGCAGAUUUUGCAGACACUCUUGACGAGAGACCGAAACUCUUCAGCAGGGAAACCACGCCAAAGUCAGAUGUCGUCACCCCUUCUUCAUCGAGCUCAAGCUCUGUAUCCAUGAUGUUGGACGAUGACAACGAAGGUUAUAUGAGAGAUAGCGAGUCUGUGGACGUGAAGGGUUACGAGGCGAGCCACAUGCGCCUGGAGACGUCAAACGAUAACGUUAUUGUUGAGGACAUCGACGCCCCUAUCAGCGAAGAAAAUCGCUUGGUCGUGUAUCGUCCUCCUGUCAAGACAUCUGCCGCCGGUUUUUCUGAGUUGAGCGGGCUCUUGCCGAAUGGUCAGUACUUCGUGCGAAACCCGGGCGCCGAUGAGUGGGUGCUUAAGGAAGUGCAGAACAACCGCAACAAGCGAAAACUUGCUCUAGUGCCGUGGAGAGGCGGCACGAAGAGGUUUUGUGAUUCCGUCCAAAAACAAGCUGUAGUCAUUCCAAUGCCAUGGCAUGAAUCAACGCCUGAGGUUGAUGCCGAGCAAGUGAUGGAAGUCGAAGACAUAUCAUAA